UUGAAAAUGGAAAAAGACAACAAGUCAGAUAACAAAGAAACCUCAAACACUCCUCAAAUUCAUGAAGAAACUAAGCUGAAUCAGCCUGGUUCUGAUGUAGCUUAUGAUCAGUUCCAGACUGAUCUGGCCCAUCAUCCUGACCUAUGAGAGAUUGCUGACAGAAAGCCAAUUACCGUACAAGAUAUGCAUUUGAUAAAAUAAUACUGUUCCUAAAGAAGUCAAUAUGCAAGACUUGAAACAUAAGGUUGUCUCAUCCGAAGCUUGGCCUGAAGAACUUCGCAGCCAGUACACUACUUCAGAGGUCCAUAGCAUUCUUCCUGAACAAAUAGACGCCUCAGAGAUUCAAUACCGCUUAGUGGAUAGAUCGAAUGUGAAAGAAAUAAAGCAACUUCAUGAGGAAUGGUUCCCAGUGUACUACGAUUCCAAAUAUUUUGAUAAAAUAGACAAUAAACGUAUCUUCUGAAUGGGCGCUUUCUGGGAAACCCACCUCAUCGGCAUUUUCAUCGGACAUUUUAAAAAUAAUUACAUCACCAAUGAACUUGCUCAAAAAGGAUGGUUGUCCUGGAAUAAGGCUUUAGGGCUUUAUAUCGGCACUAUUGGAGUGGUUGAUGAAGCCAGAAGGUUUGGGAUAGGCACAAAACUGAUAGACCAAGCAAUAGAAUGGGUCGGGAAACAUAGGCCUGCCUGAGAAAUAAUCUAUCUGCACGUUAUUGACUACAACAAUGCUGCUAUAAAGUUCUAUCAUAAAUAACAACUUCAUUCUGUAUGGAAUGUACAAGGAUUAUUACUGAAUAGGCGAAAAAUACUACAACUCUUAUCUAUUCUACAAAAGGCUAAGUUUCCCUAAAGUUUCAAACAGAAGGGGAGAAAAACGAAGGGUUUGCAAGUCCAUCAGCACAGCCCUAUACCAAUUAUUUGGUAUCCAACAAGACCUAGACACCGAUAGUGAAGAAGAGAUGCCCAUCAGCGAUCUUGAAGAGUCCAAAAACAGCACUGAAGCAGUAAAGGGUUAA